UCGGAUUUUAAAAUAAAAAAAUAAAGGACGAAAAUUAAUAAAAUAAUCACCAUCAGCACCAAUAAAGAAACAAAAUGGAUGAGGAUUCAUUGGAUAGCAGUAAUUUAACAUUAUUUUUAAAUUACACUAAUUGGGAUAAUGAACAUACCAUUGAAAAUAAAACUUUAGUUAAAAAUAAUGGACCCACAAAUAUAACAGAUUUAAUGGAUAAUACAGCAAUACAAAUUAUUUUUGGUUCAUUAUAUACAUCAAUAUUUAUAUUGGGAAUAUUUGGGAAUUUUCUUGUUUGUUAUGUGGUAUUUAGCAAUAAAUCAAUGUUAACUGUUACAAAUUUAUUCAUCAGUAAUUUGGCAUUAUCUGAUAUAAUGUUAUGUAUAUUGGCAAUACCAUUUACACCAUUAUAUACAUUUUUAAAAGAAUGGAUAUUUGGAAAAGUUUUAUGUCAUGUGGUACCAUAUUCUCAAGGAUGUAGUGUUUAUAUAUCAACAUUUACAUUAACAGCGAUUGCAAUAGAUCGUUUCUUUGUAAUAAUAUAUCCAUUCCAUCCGAGAAUGAAAAUAAGUAGCUGUGUGUCAAUUAUAAUUAUAAUAUGGAUAUUGGCAUUAGUAUUAACAUUACCAUUUGGCCUAUUCCGUCAUGUAUAUACCGAUACAGAUGAUAUAACUGGUCUAAAUACAACAUAUUGUGAAGAAGCAUGGCCUACAGAGCAUAUUCGUAAAGUUUUUGGUUCAAUAACAUCAGCAUUACAAUUUGUUUUACCAUUUUUAAUAAUAUCAUUUUGUUAUAUUGCUGUAUCAUUACAAUUGGCUGGACGUGCUAGAGCAAAACCAGGUACAAAAACAUCACGACGCGAAGAAGUUGAUAGAGAUCGUAAAAGACGUACAAAUCGUAUGUUAAUUGCAAUGGUUGCAAUAUUUGGUUUUUCAUGGCUACCAAUAAAUGUUGUUAAUAUAUUAAAUGAUUUUUAUGCAAAAACCGAUGAUUGGAAAUAUUAUAAUUUAAUAUUUUUUAUUGCACAUAGUAUUGCAAUGUCAUCAACAUGUUAUAAUCCAUUUUUAUAUGCAUGGUUAAAUGAGAAUUUUCGUAAAGAAUUUAAAGUUGUAUUACCAUGUUUUAAUCCAUCAAGAGGUUUAUCAACGAAUAUUGAAUCAAGACAACGAUGGAAACGUGAAUUAACAAUAAAUUGCCAAAGUGAACCUCAUCAAGAAUCAUUACUAACAUCUAGAGUAUCAGUUAGUCAAUUAUCAAUGAAGGACAUUAGUCAGGGAUGUACAACAACAAAAAAUUCAACAAUACAACAAACUGUAUUUGUAUCAUCAGAUACUGGCCAAUCAAAUGUUAAAAAAGGCCAAUUUACUGAAACGAAAAUUUUACCCAGCGGUGUUAUUGAAACUAAUUUUGAAAAUAAAAAUAGUUUGUAAGAUUAGAGAAAAUUAAAAAUAUAGAGAAAAAAAAAAUAACCUUAAAAAUACAUAAAGAAAAAAUGUUUGUAUACAUAAGAUUUAGUAAUUUGAAAUAAAAUAUAAAAACAAAAAUAUUAUUAUUUUUUAUAAUUUUUGAGAAAAUAAAAUAUAAAAAUGUAAAACGAGAAAACUAAGUAAUAGAAAAAACUUAAGUUGGAAUUUUUUCAAAUAGCUAUGCCUUCUACAAAA